GCCUGUGGUUUGUGUUUGGAUCAGACGAGCCAAAACGGAAGAUUUGUCUAUAGAAGUGUUACAGUUGUGAAGAUAAUGUUCUUGGUGAGAAGGGCACGCAAGUGAAAGAGUGGGACACAUGGUAAAACGUCAGAGGUUUAUCAGUCUGUCUAUCUUCAUGGUAGUUAAGUAUUGGAGUUGAAGGCCUAAAUAAAGAAGACCUAUUUUGUAUGCUGUUCAUAAAUGGAGGCUUACUGUUCUACUGUAUUUUAUUCCAGAUUUUAUAAGCCAUGAUCCCCAUCACUGAGCUGCGUUACUUUGUAGACUGCCAGCCGGCCUACCGCAUCCUGAAGCCAUGGUGGGACGUCUUCACCGACUACAUCUCCAUCGUCAUGCUCAUGAUCGCCGUGUUCGGGGGCACUCUGCAGGUCACCCAGGACAAGAUGAUCUGCCUGCCCUGCAAGUGGGUGGUCAACCAGACCUGCAGGAGGUAUUUCAACGCUACUCUGUCGGCCCCACUCUUGUUGGAGCCCAAAGGGAUCCAAUACAACCUGGAUCGCCACCAGUACAACUACGUAGACGCUGUGUGCUACGAGAACCGCCUGCACUGGUUCGCCAAGUACUUCCCCUACCUGGUGCUACUGCACACCCUCAUCUUCCUGGCCUGCAGUAACUUCUGGUUCAAGUUCCCCCGGACUAGCUCCAAACUGGAGCACUUUGUGUCCAUCUUACUCAAGUGUUUUGACUCUCCCUGGACCACCAGGGCUCUGUCUGAGACGGUGGUGGAGGAGCGCGACCCCAAGCCCCACAAGAUGAACGGCUCCAUGGAUAAGAAGGCGUCGUGUGUCAGCGAGGACGUGGAGGCCAGCGUCCCCAUGCUCCAAAAGACAAAGUCUCGCCUGGAGCAGGGGAUCGUGGACCGCACUGAGACGGGCGUCCUGGAUAAGAAAGAGGGCGAACAGGCAAAAGCUCUGUUUGAAAAGGUGAAAAAGUUCCGCAUACACGUGGAAGAGGGAGACAUUGUGUACAGGCUCUACAUCCGACAGACUAUUAUCAAAGUCAUUAAGUUCAUUUUUAUUAUCUGCUAUACGGGGUAUUAUGUGCACAAUAUUCAGUUCAGUGUGGACUGUAGUGUGGAUAUAGAGAGCCUCACAGGGUACAGCAUGUAUCGUUGUGCCCAUCCUCUGGCCACUCUGUUCAAGAUCCUAGCCUGCGUCUACAUCAGCUUAGUGGGGGUUUACGGCUUAAUUUGCAUGUAUACUCUCUGUUGGAUGCUGCGGCGCUCGCUGAAGAAAUACUCCUUCGAGUCGAUACGAGAGGAGAGCAGUUACAGCGACAUACCGGACGUGAAGAACGACUUUGCUUUCAUGCUACACAUGAUUGACCAGUACGACCCUCUGUACUCCAAACGCUUUGCUGUCUUCCUGUCCGAGGUGAGCGAGAACAAGCUGCGGCAGCUCAACCUGAACAACGAGUGGACUCUGGACAAACUGAGGCAGAGAAUCACCAAUAACUCACAGGAGAAGUUGGAGCUGCACCUCUUCAUGCUGAGUGGCAUCCCAGACACAGUGUUUGACCUGAUGGAGCUGGAGGUGCUGAAGCUGGAGCUCAUUCCAGACAUUACCAUCCCUCCUAUCAUCGCCCAGCUGGUCAACCUGAAGGAGAUGUGGCUGUACCAUACCCCGGCUAAGAUCGAGGCUCCCGCCUUGGCCUUCCUCAGGGAGAACCUCAAGUCCCUCCACAUCAAGUUCACCGACAUCAAGGAGAUCCCUCUGUGGAUCUACAGCCUGAAGAACCUGAGCGAGCUGCACCUGACGGGGAACCUGAGUGCAGAGAACAACCGAUACAUUGUUAUUGAUGGGCUACGGGAGCUGAAGAGGCUCAAGGUGCUCCGGCUGAAGAGUAACUUGACCAAGCUACCUCAGGUGGUGACGGACGUGGGGGUGCACCUCCAGAAGCUGUCAGUCAACAACGAGGGCACCAAGCUGAUGGUCCUCAACAGCCUGAAGAAAAUGGUGAACCUGACUGAACUGGAGCUGAUCCGCUGUGACUUAGAACGCAUCCCACACUCCAUCUUCAGCCUACACAACUUGCAGGAGAUUGACCUCAAGGACAACAACCUGAAGACCAUCGAGGAGAUCAUCAGCUUCCAGCACCUGCACCGGCUAGUCUGCCUUAAGCUCUGGUACAACCAGAUCGCCUACAUUCCCAUCCAGAUCGGCACUCUCAACAACAUGGAAAGGCUCUAUCUGAACAGGAACAAGAUCGAUAAGAUCCCCAGCCAGCUGUUCUACUGUCGGAAGCUGCGCUUCCUGGACCUGAGCCACAACAACCUCACCUACAUCCCAGCAGACGUGGGGUACCUGCAGAACCUCCAGUACCUGGUAGUCACUGCUAACAGAAUUGAGGCCCUGCCCAACGAGCUGUUCCAGUGUAAGAAGCUCCGUACUCUGAACCUGGGUAACAACUGCCUGACGUCUCUGCCGUCACGCUUCGGGGAGCUGACGGCCCUGACCCAGCUGGAGCUGAGGGGGAAUAGACUGGACUGUCUGCCCGUGGAGCUGGGGGAAUGCAGGCAGUUGAAGAAGACGGGCCUGGUGGUGGAGGAGGACCUCUUCAACACCCUGCCCACCGAGGUGAAGGAGCAGCUGUGGAAGGUGGACAAGGAGACUGCCUGAGUAGAUAGGGGGUUGGGGGAUGGUAACUUAGUCGAAACGGACACAGGCCGGACACCUAGAGGACUACACAGACUCGGACAGCUCGCUAACAGAGCAGCCCCUGCUCACUCUGACUCUACUCUACUCUACUGCAGGGAUGCUUUUCAAAGGGAAUCAAAGUCCCACCGCCAUGCCACUUUAUUUUCCAGAUGUAAAAAAAGAUCCAAAAAGGUCUGCCAUGGGAUACAGUGUGUGUGUUGAACAAGAUGAGAGAUGUCAGCUCGAAUGUGUUGCACGUGAGGAUACAAAAUGCAAAUGCCAUAUUUCUGUAAGAGAAGGGAUUCUGCAGGUGGGCAGUGUAAUUGUCAUUAAGGCAGGGUAUAUUAUCCUGUUACAUACAGUACAAUAGGCCCCCCUUGAUAGAUUCUAGUCCAUAGGGUGCUAAGUGGCAAUAGUUAGUUGCCCACUCUCAGUAUGUGCCAUGAGAGAUGGUGUAUAGCUACUGUCCGCAAUGACAGGAGGAAGAAGCUCCAUUAAAGGAGGAUUCUCCAAGAUCUCUGGUCCUGUGCUCAUUACUCUAGUGUGUGUGUGUGUGUGUGGUCCAUUACAUUCAUAACAGAACAUAUCUUAAAUGGGGGAUUUUCCACUCAAAAUUGGACGGACCUAGCUGAAUUUGUCAAAAUCAAAUAAUGUUGUAGCGGCCAGGUAUUUAUUCCUUGCUCACUGACUGACAUUUUAGUUAACAUGUUUAUAAAGUGCUUAACAGCCCGUAGCCGUGGUAUAUUGGCCAUAUGCCACACCCCCUCGGGCCUUAUUGCUUAAAUACACCAGUGUUUUUUUUCUUUUUUUUCUCCAGUGGCAAUUCGGCAAAUUGUUGUUUAAUCAGCAAGUUAUGUCAAAGUAAACGUAGCCGACAACUGCUAUACAAUCCAUUUAUAUUACUCCUCCUAUGCAUCAGCACUGGAAUGUGCUGCUUAAAUUAGAUACGAUGUCUGUAACAGCUGAGGUAUGGGGCUGGAGAAUUGUAACCACUCUCAAAUUCAUUGGCGGAGCCAUGCAACUAUGGACUAAGCAUUCUCAGUCUCAAUGGAAAUUCUCCUUUUGAAAGAGGUUUUUAUUCCAGGACUAAACUUAAUCUGAGUUAUAUUAUUCAAGAAUCAAUGGGUGUAUAUGUCAUUCAAGUCCACAAAUAGAUAUAGCAAUUACAGAUAGACCCUUUCCUCAGCAAUCCACUGCUGAUGACAUUGACAAUCAACUCUUAUUUUAUGGUGUUAUCUCAGACAUACUUGUCUCUUAAUGGAAUUAUGCAAAUAUUCAUGCUAGACUAAAUAGUGAGACAAGACUAACAGAAGGGAUCUGUUUCUUAGACACAAAGCCUAAAAAGCAUUCUCAGUCUCAAUGGAAAUUCUCCUUUGAAAUAGGUUUUUAUUCCAGGACUAAGCUUAAUCUGUGUCUUGGAUUUGGAGUUAAAUUAUCCAAGAAUUAAUUUAUAACUCCACAAAUGGAUAUAACAAUUGCAGAUAACAUCCCAAACCCCACCGCGGGGCACUCUUCACAACGUUGACAUCCGCAAACCACUCGCCCACAGGACGCCAUACAUGUGUCUGAGGUUGUGUCUGAGGUUCUCAGCCUGGUUGGACCUACUGCCAAAUUCUCUAAAAUGACAUUGGAGGUGGCUUAUGGUAGAGAAAUGAACAUUCUCUGGCAACAGCUCUGGUGGACAUUCCUGCAGUCAGCAUGCCAAUUGCACGCUCCCUCAACUUGAGACGUCUAUUGCAUUGUGUUGUGACAAAACUGCACAUUUUAGAGUGGCCUUUUAUUGUCCCCAGCGCAAGGUGCACUGGUGUAAUGAUCAUGCUGUUUAAUCAGCUUCUUGAUAUGCCACACCUGUCAGGUGGAUGGAUUAUCUUGACGAAGGAGAAAUGCUCACUAACAAGGAUGUAAUCAAAUUUCUGCAUAAAAAAAUAUGGAACAUUUCUGGGAUCUUUUUAUUUCAACUCAUGAAACAUGGGACCAACACUGCAUCUUGCAUUUAUAUUUCUGUUCAGUGCAUUAACAAUAGCUACCUGGAUGGCACCAGCAUUACGUGGAUUAAUGGCAGUAUUUGAAUAGAAUGGUCAUAUAAGGUUGAAUUCAAUCAAACCCAUAUUAUAGUAUUCCCAGUUCUGGGGUCUAUAUAAUAAUACAGCAUAUUUGAUUGAGGCUACUGAAUAAACAAGAUGAAUCACAAUAGACAGAUUUGAUUCAAUCUGUCCCUUUGUCAGGCUACCACAGUGGAGCAUAGCCAUCACUAUGAAGGGAUCUUGCUGACUACAUUAUGUUCAUUUUCAGAAUUAAGGACCAAAAUUGAGUUAGGAUUUGAAAUAGAAAUGUAUUGGUCACGUACACAUAUUUAGUAGAUGUUGUUGCCGGUGUAGCAAAAAGUUCCAAUGGUGCAGUAGGAUCUACACAUACAUCUAAAAAAUGAAAUGGAAAUAUAUCAAAUUUAGGAUGAGCUUUGUCGGAGUGGCAUUGACCAAAAUACAGUAUAUAGAUAUGAAAUGAGUAAAACAGGAUAUAAACAAGUGUUCCAUGGGUACUUUGGCCUUGUUAACUUGUACUUCAAGAUGGGGAUGGAUGUUCAAGUUGAUCCUUAAUGUGUGGGUGCUAUAUUGAGCUACCGGUUAUUACUGUUCAUUAGUGUUGAUACGCAACCAUGAAUGGGGCUCUAUGCUCUAGUUAAGAGGUUGUUAGGGUGCAGCUGAAAUGGCACCCUAAGUAAUGCACUGUAGGGAAUAGGAUGCCAUUUCAGAUUCAGUUGAGUUUCCAUUUCUUAACUAGUCAUUCUAGCUGUUAUGAGUCUGACAACCAAAUAUCUCAUCCUCAUAGGUCAUUCCAUAUUCAUCUAUUUGUUCAUCAACUUCUAUUUUUGUGAGUAAAAUUCUAUACCUCCCCAGCAUUUCUGGGUUUGUCUCAGUGAGCAUGAUGAUGUUGUGAUGAUUGGGUUUGUCUCAGUGAGCAUGAUGAUGUUGCGAUGAUUGGGUUUGUCUCAGUGAGCGUGAUGAUGUUGUGAUGAUUGGGUUUGUCUCAGUGAGCAUGAUGAUGUUGUGAUGAUUGGGUUUGUCUCAGUGAGCAUGAUGAUGUUGUGAUGAUUGGGUUUGUCUCAGUGAGCAUGAUGAUGUUGUGAUGAUUGGGUUUGUCUCAGUGAGCAUGAUGAUGUUGUGAUGAUUGGGUUUGUCUCAGUGAGCAUGAUGAUGUUGUGAUGAUUGGGUUUGUCUCAGUGAGCAUGAUGAUGUUGCGAUGAUUGGGUUUGUCUCAGUGAGCAUGAUGAUGUUGCGAUGAUUGGGUUUGUCUCAGUGAGGAUGAUGUUGCAAUGAUUGGGUUUGUCUCAGUGAGCAUGAUGAUGUUGUGAUGAUUGGGUUUGUCUCAGUGAGCAUGAUGAUGUUGCAAUGAUUGGGUUUGUCUCAGUGAGCAUGAUGAUGUUGUGAUGAUUGGGUUUGUCUCAGUGAGCAUGAUGAUUGGGUUUGUCUCAGUGAGCAUGAUGAUGUUGUGAUGAUUGGGUUUGUCUCAGUGAGCAUGAUGAUGUUGUGAUGAUUGGGUUUGUCUCAGUGAGCGUGAUGAUGUUGUGAUGAUUGGGUUUGUCUCAGUGAGCAUGAUGAUGUUGUGAUGAUUGGGUUUGUCUCAGUGAGCAUGAUGAUGUUGUGAUGAUUGGGUUUGUCUCAGUGAGCAUGAUGAUGUUGUGAUGAUUGGGUUUGUCUCAGUGAGCAUGAUGAUGUUGUGAUGAUUGGGUUUGUCUCAGUGAGCAUGAUGAUGUUGCGAUGAUUGUGGACUUCUGUAUGCAAGGUCAACGCAUGGCUCUGACACAGCAACACAACACGUGCAUAGAGGAGCUGUCUUGUCAUCAGGAAACAGGGAUUAUAACACAGAUGCAAAGAACAUUGCUGUGGAUGACAUGGAGAUUAACAAAAUAUGCACAGUGGUCUUAUGACUGAAGGACAACACAACAAACAACACCAGAAUGAUGGCUGGCUGUGUAAAGCUGUUCGCCAAUGCUUGUCUUUCGCACUUGCCCAUGCAAGAAGUUAAGAAGAUUUAAAGCUAUAGGAAGAUGGGCUCAUUGUAAUGGUUGGAAUGGAAUUAAUGGAACAGAGUCAAACAUAUGGAAACCACGUGUUGGACUCCAUUCCAUUAAUUCCAGUCCAGCUAUUACAAUGAGCCCGUCCUUCUAUAGCUCCUCCCAUCAGCCUCCACUGGUAUUUAUGUUCUUAAAAGGUUAUUAUGACAUGCACGUUUCCUCAGCAAUCCACUGCUGAUGACGUCAAUAAUCAACUCUUAUUUCAUACUUGUCUCUUCAUGGAAUUAUGCAAAUAUUCAUGCUAGACUAGAUAGUGAGACAAGAUUAACAGAAGGGAUCCGUUUUUUAGACAGAUUAGUCCAGGACUAAAAAAACAUUCUCCGUCUCAAUGGACAUUCUCCUUUGAAAUAGGUUUUUAUUCCAGAACUAAGCUUAAUCUGUGUCUGGGAAACAGCCCUUAGAUGAGUGCAGCCCAUCGUCAAGUGUGAGGUGUCUUGGAGAAAGUGUGUACCCUUGUGUCCUGUGUACCGCUUGUGAUUGGAUAGUCAGUAUGGAAACUAUGCAUUCGGUGCACAGUUUGUGUUGAAGUCUGUUAAUCGUUGUGUCAUCCCAUAGAAAUCUAUUUAAAUAAGGCUUUUUAUUUGUUUUAAAUCUACUAUCACUCACUAAAUGAAUCUUCUUGAAGCCAUUAGUAUUUUUGUAGAUUUUCAGAGCAUGUCUACAUUUUUUUGUAUUUUGUGUUCUGUAUAGGGUAGCAUAAUCAAGUGGUGAAUGCAAUACCUAAUUAUGAUAGUUAUUCAUUAGAAAAAUAGUUGGACAUUUUUUCUGACCAUUUUUCUUCAGUGUUGACAGUUAUUAUUAGUACAGUACACUAUAACCUCAGGAAAUGUACAUUUCAGUUUUAUCCGUGCAUUUUUUUGGUGUUGCUUUAAUAGCAGAUUUUUUUAUCCACUCAUUUUUUAUGUUCAUUUAAACAGUUGUUAUACCACACAUUGUUAUAAUUAUGUACGUUUUGAAAAUGUUCUAGUCAAUAGUAUUUAAUAUAUUUAAUAUUAAAUGCAGCUUCAAAAUUAUAUUCAAAUAAAACACUUUUGUUUCUGAAAUCAUACAUCACAUAUGUCAAUAGAUAUAUUUUGUGUGUAUUCAUUUGUGUUGUUUCCGUUGUUGCUCACUUUAAUUAAGAGUAUGGAAGAAAUUGAUGUGUACAGUAUAUGUUUUAAAGCCAUCAUAGAUGUACAGUAGACCCUACUCCUACCACAAUACCAUGUAGUUGUAUUUUAAACUGGAAUGUCAUCCUCCAACAUGUUUUUUUUUUACACCAUAUUUUGUUUUUAAAUCAAAUUCCUCAUCUAAGAGACGGACCACCCCCAUUUUACUACUAGUAAGUAGUGUAUCAGCAGUAUUAACUUUGUUGCCAAAAAAUCUCCCAGCACUUCAGGAAAAUAACAUUGCUAUUUUGUUUACAUGACAUGAUGUUGUCAACUGUCUAUUUGAUCCUAAUUAUGCUCUAAAAUAUUGUCAUCAUUCCCCUCCUUUAAUUCCUCUUGUGAAAUUACAGUAUAAUAAACUUAAUUACGCACUUA